AUGGUGCCGACAGGAACAUUUAAGACCAAAUGUCUUGAACGUCACUUUUGGCUUUCUGUCAAGUCCAACUUCCUUGGCUCGAGGGUCCACUUUGACUUUGAAGACCGGUAUGGAUUCCACUCUUUGUCUGACCAUGAGGCCACACUGUGUGGUUACACUGUCCUGGCCAAUGAUGUUGGAGACUUGGUGUUUCGUGCCUCCUUCCUGGCCUGUUAUGUCCACAGCGAGGGAGGCACAGACUAUCACCUGCGUCUUUGGUUUGUGAAACUGCAUGAGGAUGGGAAGGUUGCAGCGUAUCCCUUCCAGCUCCACUGCUCUCUUCGGGGGCAGUGGAGCACCAGAGAGAUCGUCUGUGAGGAGAACUACAUGGAGGUGUCCAUCCAGCAGCCUUUCCUGCCUAUUACAUCAAAAAAUGAGAAGGGAGUUGAUGAGGCAGACAUGGCUGUGAUGUUCCACUAUGAUUCCCAGCCACCAGAGGAAGCGAGGUUCUUCUCCCGGAAAGAGGCUGCUGCUCUGGGCUACCACAUCUCACUGCGAGGCGCCCACCUCAGCCUCCGCUGUCCCUACUCCUCCCCGCUCUCAUACUUAGUCAAGGAGAGAGGAGUGGAUUUAGUGAUUGUCAGAGCAACUAUCCUGUACCGACUCCAGAGAAGCUUCCUAGCUGUUAACACCACUGUCGCCUGUGCUCUGAACGAGGCUUCAGCAGAUGGCUCUGAUCUGCUGUGGACUGUUCCUUACAUCCUGACACCGUUAGUCCAUGGUGAGUUCAGGUACAGAGGCAUGAAGAUCGGAGUGAACGGCCAGGAUCUGAGUGAGUCUGGAUAUAAAGAGAGGGGAUACAAAAUCAGCCUGCAGGAGGGAAAAGUGGAGGUCAGGAUUCCUCUAGCGGCCCCAGGUGGACACAUGAAGAGUGGUGUUGUGAGAGGGCAGUACAGCCAGUCCAUGUCUGUGGAUUUGUCCUUCAUGAGUCAGUGGGAGGACGAGCGCUGGCCUCUAACACAGCAUCGCUCCUUCAGGCUCCUUAAGACUCCUCUCAUCCCUCAAAUCCCAGUCUUCACCAGCAACUCUGUCCCAUCCUUAGGAUUGCUCUCCGUCACUUUAGGCCUCUUUGCCCCUGAUGUUUCCCUCCAGAAGGUGACAUUAGAUGGUGGAGGCGAGCUUCUAACCUGGACUCAAACUGAAACAGACGACCUCAGUGUGUCCAGGCUCUCCCACUCAAACGGGAGCCACUCCUACCAGCUUCGUUUCCCAUUGUCACACCCGAAAAUAAUCCCAGAGUACAUAGGUGGUGGCUACAAGACAUACAGCCUCUCUUUCACCUUUACCUUUAACAUCUUACCCAAUGGAGAGCAGUUUUACCAUCGAGCCACUAUAGAGCAUAGUGUUGAAUACAUAGCUCCAACUUCCCCCAAGCUGGAGGGAAAGUGCACAAAGAGAGGCCUGCUGGUGCUGCUGCACCACGGGGCCCAGGCGGACCUGCAGUGGGAGCUCUUCCUCGGAGCUCACAAACUGGACUGGGACCUGGUGGAGAUGGGUGGGUUUGUGAUGGAGGCGGAUGAGGACUACUUUACUGUUGAGAUCCCCCGCUACAGCCCAUGGAUGAACUACGUGGAGCUGACAUUGCAGGGUCUUGUCUCUGGAGUGGAAGUGUCUGUUGUGGACGCUGACUCUCUGAAAGCAAAGGACACUCUUGUCCUUAAAUGUACAUUUCCUGUUCUGGAACUACUAGUAUGUUUGCCAGAAGGGAGGAUGGUAGCAGUCGUCGACACCACCCACACUAACCCACCCAAUCACCCCAACCGGACCACCCUAUUGGACCCCAGCUGUAUUCCCGUGGAGACGGACAGCACCAGAGCCUUGUUCAGCUUCAGCCUGGACUCCUGUGGGACGACUGUCACUACUGAGGGAAAUGUCCUUGUUUAUGAAAAUCAGAUCAGUUACACUCAAGAGUUUCUGCCUCCGGAUGAUCCUCUCAUACACAGAGAUUCUCCAUACAGGUUGACAAUUCAGUGUCGCUACCCAGCAAACCAUACUACAACUCAUGCUAUCCAACAGCCUUUAAAUAACUCUCUGGACCUUUCACCUGUGCACAUCACACGCCCACGCAGGGAAGCUGCAAACACAGGCUGAAGAAAAUGGAGUUUGGAGGGACUCAAGACCGUCUUGGUGGUGAAACUUUAUUUAUACUGUGUCUAUUACUGUUGAAACUGUGCUAAAUACUCUACACACCCAUAACUCAACAUACUUUGAAUUAAAACUGAAAUAGGGCGAUUAAUAAUUUACUCUCAUUUAAAAUCCUGAAUUUCAGUGUGGAUCACAUGGACGCGUGUCUCCAUUCUGCUGAUACUGAUGCUCUGCAAAUGUGUUGCUGCAUUUUUGUCCUGU